AUGGCAUUUACGGAAGAGAAAUUUGCAAGGCAACUAACAAUAGCCAAACUCAAGCUUGAGGAAAUUACUGAAUUAUCACAGAGUGAAUGUACUGCUGAUAUAACAAUGGCGUAUGAACAAGUAGGCGAGUUACUGAAACGGCUGGAGCAUUCGAGAGAUCAAACAACUGAAUAUCUGUUAGACAAAGAAUCAGAAUUAGAGUAUGUGAAGCAGUGGACAACAACGCAGAAAGCGUCCAUGCAACCAAUCAGGGAGGCUCGUCAGCAUAUCAGAAAAUUGGUUGAUGAUGCAACAGAGCGAGAGACACAAGGGAAACUAGAAAAGGAACUACAUAUCCAGCAAAGGGUGAGUGAAGAGCAAUCCAAACACCGACUACGACAACAACAAGAAAUUGAAGAGAUAAUUAUUCGUCAACAAAAACGAGAGGAGGAGUGGUAUUUGAGAAAACUUGAUUAUGAAAAACAAAUACAAGCUAGACAUGCUGAACAGGUGAGCAGUGGGGAGUCUUUAACAGCGCCCUCUACACAAGCAGUGAAACUACAAAAGUACACUAUUACCCCCUUCUCUGGUGAUUACAAAGACUGGUUACGCUUUUGGAAUCAGUUUACUGUGAAGGUGGAUGGGUCCAAUAUUGCUGAAGUCAGUAAAUUUAAUUAUCUAAUUGAAUUGGUGAAAGACAAACCAAGAGAGGACAUCCUGGGACUGCCUCACACUGCUGCAGGAUAUCAGGAAGCUAAGAAAAUACUUCUACAAACAUACAGCAAAGAUAUUAAAGUACACAAAUCACUGAUAAAAGACCUUGAGGAAAUUCCAACUGUUACUAACAUCCACAAAUUGAAUGAAGUACAUGACUUUUAUAACAGGCUAUCAAGAAUUGUGCGUACACUCAAAACAAUGAAUAAACUGACUACAGCACAACGUUCAGUAUAUACAUUAAUGGACAAACUAGGUCCUGUACGUGAAGUGCUUGUACAAAAGGAUUACAACUGGGAAGAAUGGGGUCUAGAAGAGCUUGUUGAGAGUCUGCGGAAAUAUGUGGAAUGA